AUGUCAAAGUAAACAGAAACCGCUAAUAAAAAUUUAGAUAAAGUAACAGAUUACGUUGAAGAAUAAGAACUUAAAGUUGAAAAUGCAUUAAGCAAUCUUAAAGAAGAAAAGAAAGUUUUGAUUAAGUUAAAUGAUGCAGAUGUUAAAUUUUUAGAAUAAAACUUCGAUUUAGAUAAGAUUAAAGCUAUUGAAUAAUUAAGAUUAACAGAAGGCGAUUUGCAAAAAGCAAUUUAAAACCUUUUACACAACUGA